AUGGCGUGCGGGGUCCAUGUGUUGGUGUUGUUAGCAGGCACUGUGCUGGUGGCUGCAUAUCCACGGAAUUAUUUUACCUUGCUUGCUGAACCAGAUGAUCCCGUCUCUACGGUGCCGUUCGAGGGCAAGUUGAGUCGCGAGGCGGCGCUGUCGCGCGUGACCGCCCUGCGCGCCGCCAUGGCCGCCAAGAACGUACACGCGUACAUCGUACCCACGGCAGACGCGCAUAACUCCCAGUACAUAGCGCCGUGCGACGCUCGUCGGGAGUGGCUGUCGGGUCUGUCAGGGUCGGCAGGCACGGCGGUGGUGACGGGCACCGCGGCGCUCGUGUGGACCGACGCCAGAUACUUCACGCAGUUCGACAUGGAGGUCGAUACUAGCGUGUGGACGUUAAUGCGGCAAGGUACGGAUGCGCCCAUCGACAGCUGGCUGGCCACGAACCUGCCCGCCGACUCCGCCGUGGGGGUCGAUCCCACUACCUACACCAGAACUGCCUGGAUCGCUCUUGAGAACUCGCUGUCAGCGGUCGGAGUGCGGCUGGUUGCUGUGACGGACAACCUGGUGGACGAGGCGCGGCGCUCGCUGGACGACCCGCCGCCGCCGCGACCCAGCGAGCCCCUCAUCACCCUGCAGCGGGACUUCAGCGGUAAAGCAUCAAGCGACAAGAUAUCGGAGUUGAUAGCUCAGAUGAACGCCCGCGGCGCCUCCGCCCUCAUACUCACCGCGCUUGACGACGUGGCUUAUACCCUAAACCUGCGCGGUUCGGAUAUCCCUUACAACCCGGUGUUCUUCGCAUACCUCGUGAUAAGAGCUGACUUGACGUCGAACAACGUGAUCCUUUUCUGGGGCGACGGUCAGCUGCCGGCCAACAUCGUGCAGUUCCUGGCCUCCGAGCUGACCACCGUCGACGCCAGACCAUACGCAGACAUAUACACCUAUCUGGCCAGUUUGAGUACGGACCUACCGACCGGCAGCACGAUGUGGUUGUCUCUUGAUGGCAGCCACGCCGUAUACGUCGCCGCCGAGACCAACAGCGCUGUGACAACCCUGAGUACAGUGUCGCCGGUCGCGCUCAUGAAGUGCAUCAAGAACGAAGUUGAACUGAAAGGUUUCCGUAACGCGCACAUCAAGGACGGUCUGGCAGUAGUACGGUUCCUGCGGUGGGUGCACGCGCAGGUCGACGCCGGCGUCGCCGUCACCGAGAUCGACGUCGUCAACAAGCUGGACGAGCUGAGAGGUGAGGAGCUAGACUACUUCGGUCCGUCAUUCUCGACGAUAGCGGGCGCGGGUGAGAACGGAGCCGUCAUACACUACAAGCCGUCGCCGGAGGGCGAGCAGCGCGUCAUCACGAAGGACGACAUGCUGCUUGUGGACUCGGGAGGACAGUACCGGGACGGCACGACGGACAUAACACGCACACGUCACAUGAGCUCCUCCCCCACCGACAAGCAGCGGCUUGCCUUCACCCGCGUGCUGCAGGGACAGAUACUGCUGGGCACCGCUGUCUUCCCCCGCGGCAUCAUGGGCAACGUUCUAGAGACCCUCGCUCGGAAGGCGCUAUGGGACGUGGGGCUGAACUACGGUCACGGCACGGGGCACGGCGUGGGCCACUUCCUCAACGUGCACGAGGGACCGUCCUGGAUACUGAGCUCGCCCAUCGCCACUGACCCCGGCAUCUCCGCUGGGAUGAUCUUCAGUGACGAGCCCGGGUACUACGAGGUAGGCGAAUACGGCAUCAGACACGAGGACCUCGUCGAAGUCAUCGAGAUGAACAACGACGCAGAUCACAUUUAUGCUGAAGGUUUAGUUGGUGAUUUCGAUGGCGUGGGUGCGCUGGGCUUCUACACAAUAUCGCUGGCGCCCCACCAGACCGCCUGCUUGGAUGUCAACUUACUCAAUGACCAUGAGUUAAAAUACAUAAACGACUACCACGCAAGGGUGCUGGCUACACUUGGACCAAUACUAUUGGAGAGGAAUCUGACGGAAGACUACAACUGGUUGCAGCAGGAAUGCUCACCGAUAUACCGCAGUUCCGCUGCCUUCUUCACUUUGUCACCUCUGAUACUAUUACUGAGCAUCUUUACUCUAUGGUUUAGAGCAUAAAUAAAAUAUAUAAACAUGUU